AUGUCAACCUCUGCCAUAAUUGCUGCCAGGAAACGCAUCGAGACGAGUCUUCGCAAUUACGACUUGCCCGCGGAUAAAGAGCCACAGUCGUCAACCAUUGUUCAUGAGAAUGCGAAAAAUGGAUCGCUCUUGUUGUCAUUGCUCCAAUCGCGGUUGAACUGGAUGCAUUCAGUCUUUGUCAAAUACCGUGCCGACACCACACAGCAGAUACGACGAGCUCCCAAUACACGCAAAAAGUGGCCCAACAUGCGCUAUCUAGGGACAUGUACAGUAGAACUCGGCACGCACCUGUUUCAUGAUACGGCAUUUUAUGAAGCUGUACGCACCGAGCCAUGGUCAGCAUUAGCGGAAGCAGCCGGUCAUCCAAUCCCCAACAUAGCAAUGCAGGAUGAUAAUAGCAACAACAACAACAAAUCCAACCAAGACACGAAUGACAAUGAUGUUGUCAUGGAGGAGAAAGAUGGCAACAACGCAACAAUUGAUCAUCAUCGAAAGGAGCUUGUUUAUUCGGAUAUUGUCAUGGAAUUCAAAGAAGUGCCCGGUGAACGAGUAUUGUUUCCAAAAGAUAUCAUUGUUCAGGUCACCUCUGUACCAGCACCAUUCGAGUUGAUGGGCUCAUUUCUACUGCCGUUGGAUCCUCAUGUUGCCGAUGAUUUCUUUUUGGACCCCAAGGAAAAGUUGAAGCGAUGGGGAAAAGAUUCCAAUAUACCCGAAGUGCGUGAUUUGGCGGAUCUUCUCAACAAGACAAGGUCAAAGUCGGCUUCACCACCACCACCAGCACCACCAUCAGAGUCAUGUCAACCUGUCAACAUGCGCCUACGCAACGUCGAUGCUGAAUUACUUCAUGCAAUAUUAUCCAAUGUGCAUCCAGCAGAAAAAGUGCGUGAUGAAAUGGUUGUCAGGAUGAAACAAGCAACACCCAAUCGAUCGUACUUGCAACACAGUGAACCAUCUUCGGAUAAAUCAAUUGAGGAACUCAUACAAAAAGCAAACACCGUACCCGAGAUUGUGUCAGGGCCUGUCCUUGCCGAAAAGAAGAGGAAUGAAUUGCUCAAUGCGAUAAGGCUGGGCAAGCGACCUCGUAGUGAUCAGCCUGAUGAAGCAUCACCUUCAAAGGGCAAGCAAGCUGCUGUCAAGGAUGAUGGUAUACGACGUUGUUUGUAUUGCAGCACCAAGGUGACAGCAAUGUGGCGACGAGGACCCGAAGGAGGAGGAACAUUGUGCAAUGGAUGUGGUUUGCUGUGGGAACAAGGAAAGAUCCUCAAAGGUGCACCUGUCAUUAGCAAGGAAGAGGAGCGGCAACGAUUACGAGAACAAUGGGAAAAGGCACGAGAACUACACGAGGAAAAGGAACGAGAACGAGAAUUGCAACGACAAAAGCAGGAGGCAACAAAGGCUGUCAAAACUGAAAAAGCGAGUAAGGUUGGAUUAUACGCUGCACAAAUCCUUCAAGCCUCAACUCCCACCUCCACAUCUCAAAAGACCAUAUCACCUAUACAACCAGCACCUACUACUACUACAACUACAAUUACGACAACGUCGACAUCUGAUAUUCACCCACCACCACCAACAACCGAACCUAAGAAGGAACGACCCUCACUACUAUACAACAGCCAACAAGGGAUACAGCUACCAACACUCGCCAUCCACUUUACCCCAUCGCUUACAUUUGCACACCCCAAUUGUUCUGUCACUUUGAUGGAGAGCUGUUUUUCGAUUCGAUUAGCUCGCGAAGGAUACGAAUCGGCCACCUUUGAAAUAUCAAAGAAACAUUUACAAGAAUCCCAAUUCGAUUUAUGCGAGGAUGGAUCAGGAACGACAAUGCAGCUUACAAUGACAUGUAUCCCUACGGGUGGUUCCUCUGUUCAUCUCUUUGACACUGAUCUUUUGAUACCCAACGAUCCAUCCCACAAGAUGGCAAUCAAAUUUUUGGAGAAAAUGGACCCCAAUGAAGGCGCCGUUGUUAAACGUAUUCUACAGAAGUGGCUAGAGACACCAACCCUAUCAGAUUGUACAUAA